CUCGUGACACAGCACAGCGGGCACUUGUUGUCCACUCUGCCCGGUUUGGGACCAUGUUUGAGGACUCCUGGGGCAGAUCGAUGUGGCGCGCCACAUGGAUUUUAUUCUUUUCCUUGUUCAUCCACUCCACGCAAGCUCAAGAUGACGUGCCUCCCUACUUCAAAACAGAGCCGGUGCGUAGUCAGCUCCACCUGGAACGCAACAGGCUGGUGCUGACCUGUAUGGCUGAGGGAAGCUGGCCACUGGAGUUCAAAUGGAUCCACAACACCACAGAGCUGACCCGCUUUUCCCUGGAGUACAGGUACCUAAUCCCUUCCUUGGACCGCUCCCAUGCUGGCUUCUACCGCUGCAUCGUGAGGAACCGGGUGGGGGCCCUUCUGCAGAGGCGCACAGAAGUACAGGUGGCCUUUAUGGGCAGUUUUGAAGAAGGUGAACGCACCCAGUCGGUCUCUCAGGGGGAGGGCGCAGUUGUCCAUGCGCCACGCAUCCGCAGCUUCCCCCAACCCCAAGUGACCUGGUACAGAGACGGGCGCAAGAUACCACCCAGCAGCCGCAUUGCGAUCACUUUAGACAACACUCUUGUCAUCCUGUCCACGGUGGCGCCAGAUGCAGGGCGGUACUACGUCCAAGCUGUAAACGACAAGAAUGGAGAGAACAAGACGAGCCAGCCCAUCACCUUGUCUGUUGAGAAUGUUGGAGGCCCCGCAGACCCCAUCGCCCCCACCAUCAUCAUUCCUCCAAGGAACACCAGCGUGGUUACGGGCACCUCAGAGGUCACAAUGGAGUGUGUGGCCAACGCCAGGCCUCUCAUCAAGCUGAGCAUCACGUGGCGAAAGAACGGUGUGCUGGUGACGAGCGGCCUCAGCGAUUUCAACCGCAGGCUGACCAUCCUCAGCCCUGUGGUGAGCGACGCCGGGUACUACGAGUGUGAGGCCGUUCUCCGCAGCAGCAGCGUGCCUUCUGUCAGCCUUGGGGCUUAUCUUCAUGUACUAGAGCCACCGCAGUUCAUCAAAGAACCAGAGAAACACAUCACAGCUGAGAUGGAGAAGGUGGUGGACAUUCCCUGUCAGGCACGAGGUGUUCCCCAACCUGACAUCGUAUGGUACAAAGACGCUCUCCCCAUUGACCCGGUGAAGACUCCCAGGUACAGGGUUCUGGUAGGAGGCAGUCUGCAGGUCAACGGCCUCCUUCCUGACGACACCGGGAUGUUCCAGUGCUUCGCCAGAAACUCAGCGGGAGAAGUUCAGACCAACACGUACCUGGCUGUAACAAGCAUUGCCCCGAAUAUCACAGCCGGACCCUCGGACAGCACCGUGAUCGACGGCAUGUCAGUCAUCCUGCACUGCGAGACCUCUGGUGCUCCGAGACCGGCUAUCACCUGGCAGAAAGGCGAGCGCGUGUUGGCCAGCGGUUCGGUCCAGCUGCCUCGCUUCACCCUGCUCGAGUCCGGCAGCCUGCUCAUCUCGCCCUCGCACAUCUCCGACGCCGGGACCUACACUUGCAUGGCGAGCAACUCCAGAGGCAUCGAUGAGGCGUCUGCCGACCUGGUGGUCUGGGCUCGCACCCGCAUCAACACUCCUCCUCAGGACCAGAGUGUCAUCAAAGGAACCAAAGCCAUUAUGACCUGUGGUGUCACACAUGACCCCAGUGUCACUGUCAGGCAUAUCUGGGAGAAAGAUGGCGGAGUGAUCCAGGUUCAGUCCAUCCCCCGCAUGCGUCUGGACGCAGACGGCACCCUCCACAUCUCCCAAACCUGGUCCGGCGACAUCGGCACCUACACCUGCAGAGUCACCUCCGUCGGCGGCAACGACUCUCGCAGCGCACACCUCCGAGUCAGACAGCUGCCCCAUGCCCCAGAGAACCCUACAGCCGUGCUGAGCAAAUCUGAGAAAAGAGCAAUCGACCUGGCCUGGGCCAAGCCGUUUGAUGGAAACAGUCCUCUCAUACGCUACAUCCUGGAGGUGUCUGAGAACAACGCUCCCUGGGCAAUCCUGCUGGCCAAUAUUGAGCCGGAGUCCAUGGCGGUGACGGUGAAUGGAUUGAUCCCGGCGCGCUCCUAUCAGUUCCGCCUGUGUGCCGUGAACGAUGUGGGGAAGGGGCAGUUCAGCAAGGAGACGGAUCGUGUCUCUCUACCGGAGGAGCCGCCCAGCGCUCCUCCUCAGAACGUCAUCGCCAGCGGACGAACCAACCAGUCCAUCAUGAUCCAGUGGCAGCCUCCACCAGAGAGCCACCAGAACGGCAUCCUGAGAGGAUACAUCGUCCGGUAUCGUCUCACCGGGCUGCCUGUGGACUACCAGAUCAAGAACAUCACCAGUCCAGAUGUGACCACCCUGCUGCUGGAGGACCUCAUCAUCUGGACUAACUAUGAGAUAGAGGUGGCUGCUUUCAACGGAGCCGGUUUGGGCACGUUCAGCCACAAAGUCACAGAGUGGACUCUGCAGGGAGUUCCCACCAUCGCCCCUGGCAAUGUGCAGACUGAGCCGGUCAACUCGACAACCAUCCGUUUUACGUGGACAGCUCCGAACCCUCAGUUCAUCAACGGUAUCAACCAGGGGUACAAGCUGCUGGCCUGGGAGCUCGGCAGAGACAGCCACAUAUCCGUGGUCACAGUGGGGCCGAACUUCCAAGAGAGCGUCCACGUGGGCUACGUAGCGGGUCUGAAGAAGUUCACAGAGUACUUCACCUCGGUGCUGUGUUUCACCACGCCUGGAGACGGCCCCCGCAGCCCGCCCAGAGCACUGAGGACACACGAGGACACCCCCGGUGCUGUGGGUCACCUGAGUUUCACGGAGAUCCUGGACACCUCGCUGAAAGUGAGCUGGAGUGAGCCCGGCGAGAAGAACGGGGUCCUCACAGGUUACCGCAUUUCGUGGGAGGAGUACAACCGAACCAACACCAGAGUUACCCACUACCUGCCCAACGUCACGUUAGAGUACAGGGUGACCGGACUCACCGCUCUCACCACCUACACCAUCGAAGUUGCAGGGAUGACUUCCAAAGGCCAAGGCCAGCUGUCCUCCUCCACCAUCUCGUCUGGCGUUCCACCAGAGCUCCCCGGCCCUCCCACCAGCAUGGCUAUCACCAACAUCGGCUCCCGCUCCGUCAACCUGCAGUUCAAACCUGGAUAUGAUGGCAAAACAUCCAUUUCUCGUUGGCAGGUGGAGGCUCAGGUGGGUGUUGUAGGUGAAAAUGAAGACUGGGUGAUGGUCCACCAGGUGUCCAAUGAACCAGAGGCUCGUGCCUUAGAGGUUCCAGGUCUCAACCCGUACACCUUCUACAGGUUCCGGAUGCGCCAGGUGAACAUAGUGGGCACCAGCCCUCCCAGCCAGCCCUCCAGGAAGAUCCAGACCCUGCCCGCUCCUCCUGACAUGGCCCCCACCAACGUCACCCUGCGCACCGCCAGCGAGACCAGCCUCUGGUUACGAUGGAUGCCUCUACCUGAAUGGGAGUACAACGGGAUUGCAGAGCAGGUGGGCUACAGGAUUCAGUACUCGCGUGCGGGCUCACAGGGCCGAGGGCUGACACACGUCAUCACCGACCGUCUGGAGAGAGAGUUCACCAUCGAGGAUCUGGAGGAGUGGACAGAGUACGAAGUCAGGGUCCAGGCUGUUAACGGAAUCGGGAUGGGACCCUGGAGCACGCCGGUCAAAGGCAGGACGAGGGAGUCUGUCCCCUCCUGUGGACCCACCAAUGUGUCCGCCUUCGCCACCACGUCAAGCAGCAUCCUGGUGCGCUGGUUUGAGGUUCCAGAGCCAGACAGAAAUGGUCUCAUUCUGGGCUACAAGGUGGUGUACAAAGAGAAGGACUCGGACAGUUUCGUCCACUUUUGGACAGUGGAGGGGAACGCCACCCACAGCGUCCAGCUGACUGGUCUGGGGAAAUAUGUGCUGUAUGAGAUCCAGGUUCUGGCUUUCACACGCAUUGGAGAUGGACGACCGAGUUCUCCGCCCAUCCUGGAGAGGACUUUGGAUGAUGUUCCAGGACCUCCUGUGGGUAUCCUGUUCCCUGAAGUGCGGACCACCUCCGUCAGGCUCAUCUGGCAGUCUCCAUCGCAGCCUAACGGCAUCAUACUCGCCUACCAGAUCACGUACCACCUCAACUCCACCAACAGCAACACGGCCACAGUGGACGUGCUGAACCCGAGCGCUCGCCAGUACACAGUGACCAAUCUGAAGCAAGAGUCCAUAUACGUGUUCCGCAUCACAGCGCAGACCAGGAAGGGCUGGGGCGAGGCCGCUGAGGCUCUGGUGGUCACCACAGAGAAAAGAGCUCGUCCACAGCCAACCAGCCGCCCAGUGGUCCCUCAAAAAGACGUUCAGGCCCGUCAGGUUCUGCUCUCGUGGGAACCAGGCAGUGACGGCCUCUCGCCUGUGCGUUACUACACGGUGCAGCUCAGAGAGCUUCCUGAAAGCAACUGGACUGUCCACUCUGCCUCUGUCAACCAUGAAGCCAGCUCAUAUAUUGUAUCCAGGCUCAAGCCUUUCACAUCCUACCAGUUCAGAGUAAAAGCAACCAAUGACAUCGGGGACAGUGAGUACAGCGAGGAGAGCGAAGCAAUCACAACUCUACAGGAUGUGCCGGACGAAGCACCCGCCAUUCUCUCCGUCACACCGCACACAACGACAUCAGUGCUCAUCCGCUGGAGGCCCCCCUCUGAGGAGAAGAUCAAUGGAAUCCUACUGGGCUUUAGGAUUCGGUAUCGUGAGCUUCUGUACGACCAUCUCCGUAGUUAUUCUGCUCAUGCCAUGAACAGUGCAUCCACCUGGGCUGAGCUUACUGCUCCCUACAGCAUCCGCAAUCUGAGCGACUCAACACUGAACCAGUACGAGUUGGACAAGCUGAGUAAACACAAGCGAUACGAGAUACGCAUGAGUGUUUACAACGCUGUGGGAGAGGGUCCGAAUAGUCCGCCGCAGGAGGUGUUUGUUGGAGAAGCAGUGCCGACAGCUCCACCGCAAAAAGUUGCCAUACAGACUGCAACAGCCACCCAGCUGGAUGUGACUUGGGAUCCUCCCCCUGUGGAUGCACAGAACGGAGACAUCCAGGGUUACAAGGUUUACUUCUGGGAGUUCAGGCGUAAGAAUGAAACGGAGCGUCUGCGGACACUGUUCAUGCCGGAGGGAGGGGUGAAGAUAAAGAACUUGACCAGUUACACCACCUAUGUGAUCAGUGUGGCCCCUUUCAAUGCAGCUGGCGACGGACCCCGCAGCUCACCAACGAGGGGACGCACUCAGCAAGCAGCCCCCAGUGCUCCCAGCAUCAUCCACUUCAGUGAGCUGACCACCACCUCAGUCAAUGUGUCCUGGGGCGAGCCCACCUUCCCUAAUGGGAUUAUUGAAGGCUACCGUCUGGUCUAUGAACCCUCCUCCCCUGUAGAUGAGUCCUCAGUGGCCUGUGCCGACUGUCUCCACUCCCCCUCCCCCCCAGGCGUCAGUAAGACAGUGACGGUGGACGUGAAGGGGACUGGCCCCCUGUGGUUGAAGCUCAGAGACCUGGCUGACGGCAUCACCUAUAACUUCCGUAUCCGGGCCAAGACCUUCAUCUACGGGCCUGAGGUGGAGGCCAACAUCACUACUGGACCUGGAGAAGGUGCCCCAGGAUCCCCAGGAGAGCCCUUCAUCACCCGCUACGGUUCCGCCCUGACCAUCCACUGGACCAGCGGGGACCCAGGACGUGCUCCCAUCACACGUUACGUCAUCGAGGCCAGACCUUCAGAUGAGGGAUUGUGGGAUAUCUUAAUCAAGGACAUCCCUAAAGAAGUGACAUCACACACGUUCAACAUGGAUAUCCUGAAGCAAGGGGUUAGCUACGACUUCAGAGUAAUCGGAGUGAACGACUACGGAUAUGGCUCCCCAAGUUUGCCUUCUCCUUCUAUAUCAGCUCAAAAAGUGGCCCCAUUUUACGAGGAGUGGUGGUUCCUGGUUGUGGUUGCUCUUGUUGGGCUCAUUUUCAUCCUGCUGCUGGUUUUCAUCCUUAUUAUCAGAGGACAGAGCAAGAAGUAUGCCAAGAAGGCUGAAUCAGGUAACAACUCCAACUGUAACGCGCUGACACACGGGGACAUGGUGAGCCUGGACGAGGGUCGAUUCCCCGCGCUGGAGCUCAACAACCGGCGGCUCUCCGUGAAGAACUCCUUCUGCAGAAAGAACGGCGUCUACACCAGAUCUCCUCCAAGGCCCAGUCCAGGCAGCCUUCACUACUCAGACGAGGAUGUCAGCACAAAGUACAACGACCUGAUCCCUGCAGAGAGCAGCAGCCUGACCGAAAAACCCUCCGAAAUCUCAGACUCACAGUACGUCUUUGGAAGCCACAGUACCAAUUCCCAAGCUGGGGCAACUCUUCAGAGAGGCCUAAAAGAUGCCCCCCCAACAGUCAAGGAGGCGCUGGUGUUUUCAUAUGGGACAGGUGGCCUACAUACACUUCCACUGCAUUUGGGCAGCGACAGUGAGUACGAAGUGGACCCCAACCGACAGAAGACCCACUCCUUCGUCAACCACUACAUCAGCGACCCCACUUACUACAACUCCUGGCGCCGACAGCAGAAAGGCAUAUCCCGCGCGCAGGCCUACAGCUACACCGAAUCCGAGGCGGGUGACCCAGAUCACUCAGUUUGCGCCGCGCCGCCACUCCCUCCUCUACCACCACUUCCUCCCCAGCUCAGUUCACCAAGCCCCCAGCCUCAGCAAGCCCAGGGCCAGCCCCAGGGCCAGGGCAGCCUGUUCAGGCCCAAAGGUAGCCGGACUCCCACCCCCUCCCAGCAGAGCUCCAACACCCCCAGCCAGCACAACACCCUCUACAGGCCACCCAGCAGCCUAGCACCUGGCUCUCGGGCCCCAAUCGCUGGUUUCUCCUCUUUUGUGUGAAAAAUGCGGAACAGGACAUGGAAAUAUCUGGAAAUAUCUACCCAUCUUGUGUUGAUGGAGAACAUGACAACACAAAAUUCAAUCCAAUCAAGUCAUUUAUGCCUUUUUUUAAAUUUCAUUACUUUUUUUAUGAGUUGUUUUUCUUUAGCCGGGCUGGAACAAAACUUUGAGACUCUCUGUUUUUUGGCGGUUUUUCUUUGUUAAACGUGUAGAAGUGUGUGUGAAGACUUUUUUUUUUUUCACAAGAUGAUAAAAUACUCACAUCUUUUCAAUUUUUUGUUUUUGCUUUUUUAGCUAUUUGCAUGACUUUCUUUUUCUCCAUUGUUUUUAUUACGCUUCUUUGAACAAAUUCAAAUGAUACUAUCUGAUUCUGUACAAAGUCACAAGAAUCUUCGGUGAAACACACGCAUAUAAAUAUAUAUACAUACAUAUAUAUAUAUGGAUAUAAAGUAGAUGUACCUAGAGGACAAAAUCAAGCCAAUGCAGAUUAUGCAUUGAAGGAGACUGACUUAAGAAUCUGAUGGAGCCAUACUGUGGAAGAGAAAGGACAAGUGUUUGUUUGGACCGGAUGAACUGGAUGUAAAAAGGAAGAGAUAAAAGACAGACGUGGAUGUGGAAUUCAUGCCAAAUCGAACAGAUUUGACCGUGUUGGCGUGGAGAGUUUAAAGCAAAACAUUGGUGCAACAAUCAUGCAUUCUCCAUGGAAACAGCUCUCUGGCCUAUUGCACACAAACCCAUAGAAAUUUUGAACAACUUCUUGGCCAUGGAGGGUCAAAUGUGAAGACUCUUGUGCCUGAGAGAUCUUUUCAGAUAUAUGAAGCGAGUGUAUAUCUGUUAAAGUGAAAGUGUUGAAGUCUUUUUGUGAGUGUGUUACAGUGGAUCAAAGAUGCCUUGAUAGAGAAACACUUAUUUAUGAUAUCCGGCACCAAUUGUGACUGAACUGCUGAUGGUGCCCUUGACUGUGGCAUCUUAAUGGCUCGCCUCGUGCUUCGAGAGCCUUCUUUUAAUCCUGACGGAUGUGGGCUGUGAAUAAAUUUGCAUACACAACCCAUAUUUUUUCACCCUUUUGCCGGCUCACAUAUACACACAUCAGUCUCAUUCUGCGUAUGUCUACUGAGAUGCUUUGAAAUCCAGCCUAGUGAGUGUCGGAACAGUCUGAAACAGUCUGAAACAGCCUGGGACAGUCACAUGUGGGCACAGCUGCUGGUUCUGCUAAAUGGUAACAGUGUGAUUUUGAUAAGCAACGUUUUUUUCUUCCUGUUUCCUCUCCCUGCUAGCUGACGCCUCUCUGUUACUGAUCACUAUCACGGGGCAGCGCUGAGCCUGUGCCAAGACAUGAUGUCAUUGAGUUUCACCUCUUUCCCUUCUGUGUAAUCAGCCUCUGGGUAAUCUUCAGGUGUGACUGUACUGUCCCGGACGCUAACGCUCGUGUGUGAGUAUGUGAGUGACUCCACUCCUUGUGCAUAAGCUUUACAGAUCAUUCAGUGUGUGUCUGGUUCAAAAGAGAUCGUCCUGCAGCAACUGUAAACCUGGGUGGAGUAACGCCACUGAGGGCUGGAGCUGUCUGGACGCCAGCGAGGUGCACUUACAACGCUAUAGUGACGACAAAGUGGUGUGUUCCUAGUUCCCAUAGCUCCCAAAAAAGGAUAAAAAAUGUCAUCUUUUCUUUUUUUAAUCUCUGUGGGGUGAUUUCAUUGUACGCAUCAGCUUAUCAUGCAGAAUCUGAAUGAAUAUAUGAUCACAAAACAUUUCUGAAAUAAAUUAUUUUUGAAUGUUA